AUGGAAUCUGAGGACGGAAUCACCGUCCGGUCAAUGAGGCUGAAGGUCUUGUACACAUUUGAUAAUGAGUACAAGACUAACUGCCUUGCCCGUUGGCCUCAUGUGCUUGAAAUCCAAUCAGCUCACCUGGAUGAGAAUACUGUAAUCGGCGUGAUCGAGCUGAAGACAUGUAUCCAGGCAAUUGUUUCGGCUAGCCCGGAAUUGGUGGCACAACUCGGAAAAGAUUACACCGUCUACGCUUAUGACUAUUCAGAUACGAGACACCCCUGGUGGGCCAAGGAAUGUUGUCAUGGGUUCUCGCUUCUGCUUCACCAACACCGGAUGCUCCCGCACAUCAGUCAAAGACCAUGGUCACCGGGCGCGUAUGCAAAAACCCCAUGGGGAGCAGGUCAAGAUACUUUGGAAGUCAAACUGCGCUUAGUUCCUGUGCCUACCGUCAUGCAGAGCGAAUACCUGGAUAACAUGCAAAAAUACCGUGAGGCCAAUGCUGCUCCACGAGACUUCGAUACCCAGUCUUGGGCCAACUUUGUUCGUCAAAAUCCGGGUCUUAACGAAGCCUCCAGAGGCCAGCAGCAAGACCAUGCCAGCUCACCCGUGGAUCAUUCCGGUAUUGAACGAUUUCACCAAAUGCUCAGUGAAGGUGCCACCCCUCGCGAGUUUUCGACUUAUGCUGGCAACGAGUCAGUUCGAUCUUCAUCUCCUACCCAUUCCUUUGCAAAUGGCAGCCGAGUGUCCACACCCGGUGGGCCUCUUCACUCCGCACACCAUCAGUCCCAACAAAGAAAUAGCUUCGUCCAGAGCAGUGAUAUGAUUCGUCCAUCUUCGAGUGUAUCAAUGCGGGAUAGCGAUUACUACCACACCCAACCCCCUCAUAAACGCAGAGAAUCUUUGCAAUCUGGAUAUGCUAGUGGGGGAGAGGAGCAGAUGGACUCGCAACCUCGCAAGAGAGCGAAGUUGUACCAGGCAGGCGGGUCUGGAAGAUCCGACAUGAACAUUGAGCGCCAGCCCAGCUCGCUCCGUGUUGCAGCCAGCACCGCCGCUUCUGUCCGCAUCCAUCGCCCGACUCCUGUGAACCCUUCCAUUGCUGCCGAGCAGUCUAACGAGGAGCCUGUUCGUCCACCAACCCCAAUCCACCGAGUCUCCAAUAAUGUUCGCCGGGGUCAGCUGCAAUCAAGCUCAUUAAGGGAGUCUUCGGUGGUAAGCUCGUAUCAGAGUCCGUAUAUGAUGAGUGACGAUAUUGUGAGCGAUCAAACGACUCACUCUCCUGAAGAGCAGCGCUACCAGGGAUUGUUUGAACCAUCAUUCACUAUGCCAUCUUCUCCGCCUGUCUUGGAAACCCGAUUGCCCCCCAAAUCCAGCCCCGUAUUGCCUCCUAUUGGUAUGGAUGCCGAUUCUGGCUUCAUGAGCGCUGGUCUCGAUGAUAUCCCCGAGGAAGAAGCUACUACGCCCUUGGAAUCACAAAGAGCCGAGUCCCAGGGAACGACUGGACACAAUGUCCCUCAUUUCAUGCGGCCUGCAGUACAGGCUAGUUCUCCCGUGAGCAUGGCUGGCACGCCACAGGACAACUCGAACACCAUGUUCCCCACAAAUGAUACUCAGUCAGAGACAGCCUUCGCCGAACAGAGAUUUGCGAAGCAACCACCGAUUGCUCCACGCCCAGUCUCAUCAACCUCCAGGCCUGUAUCACGCAGCGGUCCACGGCUGACCCCGAAACCAUUAGCACCCGCCCCAACAACACCGAACCUAACAGAAGCACCGCGUGGCUCCCAAGCUCUCGCACCUAUGUCUCUUCCUCCCGUGCCGGCUAGUGAUCCCGUUCCACCCAGUCACCCUCCCCUUCAACAAUCUCAGACUUGGGCGGGGCCCAUGAGCGAUUUCCAUAUUGUUGACCCGUCACCCAAACCUGACGGUAGCCGACCGCGCAGUAGGGCGAGCGCAAAAAGGAGAACGAAGCAAAUCCAGGACCGUCUCGAGCAAGCUAUCAAAGCCGGUGAAGUGCCACCUUUCUGUGAGAACUGCGGCUGCAUUGAAACUCCCACCUGGCGUCGGGGCUGGUCGAAGGAGUUUGUCGGCAACGAGGAGCAAGCAAAGGCCAUGAUGGAGGAGCCCCAUACAUUGUUUUAUGUGUCAAUUGAGCGUGAUGAUGAAGACGUCGUGACAAAAUACAAGGUCUACAAGAAAACCUUGGCGACGGACGACAACGAAUGGUCUCAAGUCUUGCUUUGCAAUCCUUGCGGGCUUUGGUUAUUCAAAUUCAAGGCCAUGCGUCCAGAGAACAAGUGGAACAAGCAGUCAACCGACAAGAACGCCCCAAAUAAAAAGAAGCGCCCUGUUCGGAACCGGACCAGCGGCGGCCCACUGUCAAACCCUUCCACAAGAACUCGCAGCAAGGUCGCGGUCGCAUCCAGCGUAGGAGCAGCGUCAUCUCCAGCUCCGACAGAAGCCUCGUCCGUUCAACCUGAAGAUGGAGUUACCCCCGGACUCACUCCUGGGAUCACGCCUGGCGCAGAGUAUGAUAUGGAACACGAUGAAGAGCACGACAUGGAUCGGUCUGCAAGCAAAAAACGUCGCGCUAAUAGCGCUGAGCCUCCGAACUCUGGCAUGUUCAAUGAAAACAACGGCUGGGAGCAUGACGCUGCUGUAGAAGCCUUACGGCGAGCCAUCCAAUCAAGCCCGGCCAGGAACAUGGCAAAUCGCAAUAUGCCUCAUACGGACGAGGCCUCUCUCACACCGAAGCCUUUGCGGAGGGCGCUCUUCUCCUCUACCCAGAAACAAGACGACCGCCUCAAGGAGAUGGACCCGUCAAUGAUUAAUACAUCUUCGCCCCGCCGAAGCCCCCGUAUCGCUACGAACAAAGGCAGAAGUACGCCGGCGAAGGAGAAUGACGACCCCAAUUUGCAGGUGAACAGCCUGGAUGCUCUUUUUGAGAGCCCUUCCAUGGACUUCAAUCCACUCCUCAGUCCAACUCCCCGUCGCCGCAAUAAGAUGCAUGAACGUCGACUUUCACUGCCGUCCGAUUCACCAAGCAGUAACCGACGCAGGAAUGUGGGCUUAUCUCCUUCGUCUACGCAACUCACAGCAGAACGGUUGCAGCGGGUUCAAGAAGAUCAGGAGGACAUGAGUCUUCGCCCACGAGAUGGCAGCAAUGAGGACAUGACCCCACCCUCUGGUGAAGAUCUGCAGCCUGAAGCAUUCCAGCCUUUGGAUCCCAUGAUGCUAGACAUGUUCGACGAUCCUAAUGUUGACUCCAACUACUUCGGCUUGGGUGGUGAUGGUAGUGGUGGCCAGGAUUGGACGACUUGGCUCCCCUCGGGGUAUAUCUCUCCCAACGAGUCUGACAGCAGCGAACAAGGUGAUGAUUUGAUCAAUGCCAUCCUUUCUGACCCCAACGUGAUGAACGAGAACCUUCGCAACUCCAGCCUCAACCUCUUCGCCCUUGGGGAUAAUGAUCUCCCCGACUCGGGCUUCUUCAGUUCCGAUGCACUUCAUGACGACCACCAGGAUCCAACCUCCAAGCCGGAAUAUAAAAACACACAAGACACUGCGAACCAAGCAGCCGAACCCAGUGCAUAA